AUGGCAAUUCCGAUACCACCAUCAUCCGAUCAAACUUUAUCCGAUAAUUCUUUUAAAAGAAACGAUGACUUAGUAUCUUCUCCCACAGGUCCUUCAGGUCUCACUUUAUUAAUGCGAAAACAAUUAUCUCCACCAUUGCCGAUUCAAGAUUAUCAGUUUAACGAACCUGCGUUAACAAUAAGUCAGGAAUAUAGUCAUGUGCCUAGAGGACGCCGUAUCCUUGGUUUUAAACGGGCAAAAAGAAAUCAAUCACCAAAUACUACAUUAGUUAAAAUUGAAGGAGUAACUACGAAAGAAGAGACUCAGUUCUAUCUUGGGAAACGUGUUGCUUUUGUAUAUCGUGCUAAGCGUGAGAAAAAUGGUAGCAAGAUUCGUGUAAUUUGGGGUCGUGUUUCAAGGUAG